GUCGUCCUGUACUGCAGACCUCUCGGUUGACAAGUAUUUCUUCGUGCUACCUCUGGUUUACGUCCUUUAUCAUUUUCCAAUGGCUUCCAGAUGUGUCUCCUGUAGUAAAAGUGUCACUCACCGAUCGAAGGCCGUACAGUGCUCUUUGUGUGAUGGUUGGAUUCAUGCUGCUUGCUGUGGUAUCAGUCCGGGCCUAUAUGGACAUCUACAACGGACACCGUCUCAAGCUAUCGCUUUCUUUUGUGACUCAUGCAGAGUAACAACCAGUGACAGACGUGUACUUGCCGGUUUACCAGCGCUUAGUCCACGUCCCUCUCUUCAUCACACUGCGCUGAUUGCUUCCCCGGACUUAGUUUUACCUGUGGGUCCUUCUUCCCCCUGUUCUGGAUUCGUAACUCCUAUCGGUAAGCAAAGUCGUGCCACGUCUCCCUCAGUACAUCUUUCUGCUCGGCAUGCCGAGCCUGCGGUCAGGACCUAUGCAUCUGUGGUGAGAGGACUCGCAGCGCCGUCAGGCAGUCACAACUCAGCUAUGCGAGAAGCGAAGCCAAAAGCAAAAUCUAGUAUCAAAGCCAAGCCCUCUUCUCAAUUGGAGUUUAACAAAGUUCUUGAUAGACUUACUCAGUUGGAGAACUUGGUUAAGGACACAUCGAUUUCUCCUAAGCAACAGACAUCUAGGGACUCCCAUCGUCCCUCUCGUGACCGCUGCCUUAUAGUGGUAAAUGCGCCGGAGUCUUCUAAAUCUACGCCAGCUGAAAGGAUCCUAGAUGAUGAAGUGUUUUUAAUAAGGAUGAUUUCACUGUUGUUUGAUGAAGGUGAACCGGGGAUAAAUGUUGUUUCUGCCUUUCGCAUUGGCAGGAAGCAGGAGGACUCUACAAAGUCUCGUCCUCUCAAGAUCGUAUGCCAAAACGAGGAUGAAUGCAGGCGCAUCCUCCGACGCACUUCACGUCUCAAAGGAGAAUCGUUUUAUGUUCUGAGAGAUCUGUCCCCUGAAGAUCGGAUAAAAAUGAAGAGUGCGGUUGGUGAACUUCGAACCCGCCGGGCAAAUGGUGAGACGGACCUUCACAUUGUGGAUUUUCGAGUGGUUCCGAAAACUCCGAGAACCCGCUGGAGACCCAUCCUUGUCCUACCCGGACAGUGAGGUCGAAGACCGGUUUGAGUGUGUUGUCCGCUAAUGUGCGCAGUUUGCGGAACAAACUGGACGAGAUUCAACUCCUUGCCAUGGAUAAUCAACCUGAUUUGAUGGCUUUCUCUGAGACCUGGCUGUCCCCGAACAUCCGUGACUCGGAAGUAUAUAUCCCUGGAUAUCACUUCUCCCGAGCAGAUCGCCACGGAGUGAGGUCAGGCGGGGGCGUUAUACUCUAUUGGAGGACGAACCUCAAGGCGCAUUUGCUUGAUGCUACUUGUGAUAUAGAUGGUGGCUUCGAAGCUCUGUGGUGUCGUAUUCAUGACGGGUGUAGAUCUCUCCUGGUCUGUGUCGCCUAUAGAUCUCCCUUGGGUUCGGGAGCUCUUUUACUGGAUUCAAUUAAAUCGCACGCCAAAGGUAAGGACUGCUUAAUUGUUGGAGACUUCAAUGCACCUGGCAUUGACUGGGACCUGCUUUAUUGUGGUCUUCCUUUUGACUCUUUUGAUGCCCUUCUCCUUCAGACCGUUCUCGAUUGUAACUUGUCUCAGCAUGUAUUUUCACCCACUCGGUUUUUCUCAGGCCAAACGCCGCACAUUCUUGAUCUAGUGUUAUCCCCGAUGCCGUCAGAUGUCACCGACCUGGUUAUUAUGCAACCUAUUGGUAAGAGCGAUCACUGUGCUAUUUCCUUCCAAUGGACACGUCGGUUUUCUGUUCAUGACCAAGGUGAUUUCCGGCGUAAUUUCUGGCGAGCCGAUCCACAGCGUCUGCAGGAGGCUGCUUCUAACAUGGACUGGACCAUUCCUCAUUUUUUGUGUGUUGACGAUGCUUGGACUCACUUUUACUCCAACAUGAUGUCGCUAAUCAACCAGGUUGUUCCUAUUUCUAAAAGUAGAGGUCUAACAAGUGGUCCUCCUUGGAUUGACAAACAGUUGAGGUCUCUGAUGAAUAAAAGACGCAAACUAUGGGAUCGAUUCAAGUGUACACAAUCGACGGCCGACUACUUGCAGUACAAAACGCUUAGGAACCUUUGUAUCCUGAAGAAGCGGGAGAAUCGCCAAAACUACGAAUUACAGUUAGCUGUGCAGUCCAGGUGCUCCCCCAAAAUGUUCUUCUCAUAUCUGAAAAGGGGUACCAAAGGUGGUAAUGGCAUUCCAUCUCUGUAUUCCAGUGAACACGCUGCCUUACUUCAGGAGGAUGCUGCGAAAGCGGAUCUCUUAGCUCAACAGUAUUCAUCCGUUUUUACCAAUGAAACUCCGUUUUCUGACGUAGUACUCCCAUGCUCAUCUUUGCUGGAUCAUCUCGAGAUCAGUACGGAAACUGUUACUCAAUUCCUUCUUCAGUUAGAUCCGAACACCUCGCCCGGUCCUGAUGGCCUGCACCCACUGUUUCUCAAGACCGUGGCUAAGUACAUUGCAGCCCCAGCUUGUCAUGUGUUUCGUUGCUCUAUUGAAUCCGGACGCCUUCCAUCAGCCUGGAAGCUGGGUAUUGUCAAGCCCAUAUUUAAAGGAGGGAACCGCCAAGACCCAGCAAACUAUCGUCCCGUUUGCCUAACAUCAGUAAUGUGUAAAAUUAUGGAACGGAUUCUCAAGGGAGCUCUCAGCCUUUACUUCGAAGACCGGAAUGUGAUUUCUACUGCUCAGCAUGGCUUUCGUAAGUCACGCUCGUGUACCACCAAUUUGUUAGUUGCCAGAGAGAAAUGGGCGAACUCUCUGGAUGCUGGCAAACGUAUGGAUGUUAUCUACGUAGAUUUCAGCAAAGCGUUUGACAAAGUUCCUCACGAGCGGCUUUUGUUCAAACUUCAAGCAAUUGGUGUCUCUGGGAGGGUUUUGUCGUGGAUUUCGGAUUUCCUUUCAGACCGAAUUAUGCGAGUUAAGGUCAACAAUACGUAUUCACCCUCCGUCCUUAUGAGCAGUGGCGUUCCUCAGGGCUCUGUUCUUGGACCAGAGUUGUUCAAAUUCUUCAUUAACGACCUGCCUUCAACCCUCCAGACCGAAUGCUUGAUCUAUGCAGAUGAUUUGAAGUUAUGGAUGGAGGUAACCAGCGCUGAGAAUGCUGACUGCCUCCAAAAUACACUGGAUCGGCUGCACGAUUGGUCUCUUAAAUGGCAGUUGCCUAUAAAUCACGAUAAAUGUUCUGUACUCCCCAUUGGUGCUACUGAACCAUUCGGUGUUUACCACCUUGGUGGUUAUUUGCUUAAUGAUGUGAAACAGGAAAGAGACCUUGGUGUUAUAGUAUGCUGUGAUCUAAAAACCACCCAAGAUACUUUGAAGAAGGUUGCUGCGGCUAACAGACUACUGUGUUCUAUCCGAAGAGCCUUCUCACGAUUGACGCCGGAAAUCUUCAGACUUAUCUUUUCCUCCCAUGUGCGUCCAAUCCUCGAAUAUGGAUUACCCGCAGUUCAUCCACUUUCAAAGCUUGAACAUGGCUUGAUUGAAAAAGUUCAGCGACGCGGUUCUAAGUAUGUCUUUGAGUUCCGACACCUGCCAUAUCACCUUCGUCUCCAGCAUUUGAAUAUGUUCUCCUUGGAAUAUCGGCGUCGCCGAGGCGAUCUGAUCUACGCUCGGCGCAUUCUGCGAGGCGAGAUAGGAAACGAGCUCCAAGAUUUCUUCCAGGUUAACACUGAGUGUUCGACUCGGGGCCACUGCUGGAAACUGUUCAAACCUAGGAGACUCAGACUUCGCUCUGAUUUUACACUAUCGACUCGUGUGGUGAACGACUGGAACUGCUUGCCUAAUUCCGUCGUCAACGCGCAUACGGAAGAAUGUUUUAAACGAUUGUUGGAUUUAUACCUCUUGAAUUUGCAGGGAUCUUGUUGUUUCUUAUGUAACUGUGACAAUUUAACUUGUUAAUUGCUGUUGCGCCAACACCUGCUAUGAUUGGGAGGUGAUGGAGCUGACAAAGGUCUUUCCUUCUGCUCUCUAUAAUACAAUGAUUACAAUGAUUACAAUGAUU